UCUUAGAUGCCGUUGUUGCGUCCGUGCCCCGGCUCCCUCCUCGACACGCCUCUGGGGUGGGCAGAGGAGAAAAGUGAAGCUGAACGGCUCCGACACACGCCCGCGUCCCCGAUGUCGGAGAAUGCGCGUAGCGAAACCCGACACUUUGUUUCACCGCGACUACCCAAUUCCCCGCGGUCCCCGCGAAUGCAGCGGAGGCUCCCGCACAGCGAGCAGCGGCAGUGGCGAUCGCCGCGCCACCGGCUCCCGCCGCCCCCCUCCCCGCGCCUCCGCUCCGCGCCGCCCGGCCGCGGCCAGCGAGGGCUGCAGGAGAGGACGGGACGGCUGUGGACCUCCGCCCGAGGGGUGCGGGCAUCGGGAGCGGCGUCCAGAGCGGUGGAGGAGCGGGAUGGAAGUUGGAGCGUGCUGGCGAAAGUGCGAGCGCAGCCCCGGGGUGCGUGGGGCGGAGGAGUGGCGGGGCGGGCGCGCCGUGCUCGUAUGGGGAUGUGUGUGCCUGCGUGUGCCCGUGCGCUGGGUGCCAGUGCGGGCCGGCUGCGCGACGCCCCACGGGGCCGGCUGCUGCCGCUGCCGCCGCCGCCGCCGCCGCGCCGUCACCCGGGGACACCCGCCCGGCAGCGCGGCCCUCGCCGCGGCCCCUGCGCUGCCGCCCCCCCGCACCCGCUCGGCGCCGCCGCCCCGCCCUCGCUCCCCUCCCUCCGCCUCCCCGCUGCGCUCGGCGGCGCGGGCACAGCGCGGCGCUCCGCCGGCCGCCCCCGCCGUGCGGGCGCGCGCCACAGCGCGCGUGCGCGGCGGGCGCGGCCCCGCGGCUUCCCGGGCGCGCGCGCGCCCCUGUGUGCGUGUGAGUGCGGGGCGCGUGUGGCCGCGUGUGCGCGCCCCGGAGCGCGCGCUGUGCCUCGGCGCCGCCUGCGUGCGGGGGGUGCCCGCGCGCGCUCCGCACCGAGCUCCCCGGCGCUGCCAUCCUCGCCUCCGCCGCCCCGGCGGCUCCGCGCAGCGCCCGCGCAGCGGGUCGGCAUCUUCAUGGGCUGCCACCAUGCCUGGGCCCUUGCUGUUGCUUUCCGCCCUCAGUUCCCCGCCGUUUGCCCCCCUUCCACGAAAGCCAUUUCUCCCAACUCGGGGUGCUGCUCAGUUGGGUGGCAGUGUCCGGCUGGAGCUGCUCGCUCGCUGCUGCUGUCGGCGGUACUGAAAGCUGCUUCCAGCCGGAUAUGCAGUGCGGUAAUCUAAGGGUUGAACUCUUCGGGGAAAAAAAAAAACAACAAAAAACCAAAACCAAA